AAUUUUCCCCGUAAGUAAAUUCGCUAAGUAAUUUUUUAUCGAUUGAUUCUCGAACUCGUGUUCACAUAUGGAAACGUAAAAAUUCUAUAUCUCGUUCAUAUUUAACGAUAAACUGGGAGAUCUCGUGUCGUAUCGCGUCGCGUCGCGUCAAGUCGCGUCGCGUCGUGUUGUCUCGGUAGCGAAUAAAAAUUCUCCAAACGCUCUUGGAACGUUCCAAGAGGACGAUGGUUAUCCAAACGACGAUCGUGUUUCGAAAGAUAUACGAACUGUACACAUAUACUACAUAUAUGUAUAUAUGUAUGUAUGUGUGUAUGUAUGUAUGCGCGUGCGCGCGUAUAUGUGUAUGUGUCUAUGUAUUUGUAUGGAGUUAGAGUAGAGAACGACGAGAGACGUAAGGACUUUGCUCUAAAUUUAUGGGAAAAGUCGAGAAGAAGAAGAAGAAGAAGAAGUAUGGACAUAGAAGUAGAAGUAGAAGAAGAGGAGAAAGAAGUUUCUUCAAAGAGGUAAUCGCGUUGGCUACCGAGUACGUGCUAUGCCACCAUUUUUGCACUCUUUCCGUGUAAAUAACAAACAUUGACGGUCGAUAAGGAAUCUUGUCUGCAUGGAAACCGAUCCAAUACAUCUAUCGUACCUGAUAACGCUACGAGUAUAUUGAAACGGACUAUUUAGUAAGAAAUAAAAAAGAAUUAAUGAAAAACGUUAAAGAGAGAAAAAAAAGAGAAAGAGAAAGAAAAGAAUGAUAAUGGAAGCUUCGUAUUUCGCGGUGUAAGAAAAGUUAAAAAAAAAAAAUAAUAAAAAAUAAGAAAAGAAUAAAACAUAUAGAAGAAGAAAAAAUAAAGAUAGGGGAGUUUCCUAUUUUGUGGUGUAAAAAAUAAAAAAAAAGAAAGAAAUAACAAAGAAAACUAAAAAAAAAGGGGCAAGAAGGGAUGAAGAUAGAAGUUUCAUAUUUCGCGGUAUAAAAAAUUGAAAAAAGGAAAAAAGAAAAGAGAAAAAAAAUUUAUAAAAGAAUAAAAAAAAAAAGAGGAAAAAAAUGAAGAUGGAGGCUUCGCAUUUCGUGGUUUGAAAAAUUAAAAGGAAAAGAAAAAAAAUAAAAGAAAUAAGGAUGGGAGGUUUCGUGUUUCGCUGAGUAAAAAAUUAAGAAAAAAACAAAAACAAAGAAAUAAAAAUAAAAAGCAUAAGAAAAGAAGAAGAAGAAGAAAUAAAGAUGGAGUAUUAAUAUUUCAGGAUAUUGUAGCUAUCAACCGCGAUGUAACACUUGAGAUUUAAACGAACCCAAAGUUGUUCACCGUAUUCUUUCCUCUACUUAUGAAAUUAUUCACGGAUCUCGAUCCCGAUAGCCAGUUAAACUCUCCUUCUCUCUAUCUCAAUUAUGCUCGUUAAUUUAUCUCGAUCGUGGGAACGAUAAUGAACCUUCCUACGUCGUCUACCUAAAUCUAACCUCUUCGUUACCAUACCGUUGAUUAUUUUUAGUUUCUCUCGAGUAGAAUGGGAGAGGAUGCAAAAUGGAGAUAACACGUUUACAUGAACCCAUCAGUAGGAGUAACGAGAAAAGGAGUAAACGGCGGAGGAUUGUAUUUCACCAUCGAGCCGCAGGAUGUUGUAGUCGAGCAAGGAGGAUCCGCCAGAUUGGAUUGCGAAGCGAAAAGUAUUUUUGGUCAGCCUACGAUACAGUGGCGAACGGACGAUGGCACGCCGAUUAAUUUUAUCGGGGAAAACUAUCGAUCGCAGCUAGCAAAUGGAUCCUUGUACAUAAAUAGCGUAUACGCCGGUAGUUCAGAAUUAACUGGAAGCUAUCAAUGCCUAGCAUCCGUAGAUGAUGUUGGAGCUAUUGUUUCUCGAACUGCAACGAUCAAACUUGCAAGUUUGCCUGGUUUUGAGAAAGAACCCCAAGAUACUAUGGUUUAUCCAGGACAAAUAGCCUAUUUGAGUUGCACACUUCCGGCCUCAUCUAGCUUAUUAAAAAUACAAUGGCUCAAGGACGAACGGCCUAUGAUACUCGACGAAAAUCGUAUGACGAUUAUGCCGUCAGGUGCUUUGGAGAUAGACGAUGUACAGAUUCAGGAUAUCGGAUCGUAUAGAUGUAAUGCAAGUGGUUAUGGACAGUACCGUUUAAGUAACAAAGCGCAAUUAGGGCUAUUAACUAGUGACAUCGACCAAGGAUCCUCACCGCCGAUUUUUAUUGCGCAACCUUCGCAACAAGUAGCCGUUGAAGGUUCCACUGUUACUUUGGAAUGCGCUGCUAAUGGCUAUCCUAAACCUACAAUUUUUUGGCUGAAAGAUGGUGUGUCUAUAGACUUAGGAUCGUUCGACUCUAGAUAUCGUAAAAUAGCCGCGUCAAGUCUAAUGAUCACUGAUCUUAAAGAAGCAGAUCAUGGCUCGUAUCAAUGUCGUGCCGAAAAUGAGGUUGAGACGUUAGAUUCUGUUGCCGAGAUCAUAGUUCAAGUUCCGCCAAAGUUUAUUAAGAAACCGGAAGACAAAAUAGCCAGUGAAAGUCAAGAUUUAGAAUUUGAAUGUGAGAUUUAUGGAAAACCAGAACCAAAAGUUACGUGGUUGAAAAAUGGAGAACGAAUUACUGUUAACGAAUAUUGGCAAAUAAUUAAUGGUAACAAUCUUAGAAUCAAUGGCCUUCUUGCGAUAGACGCUGGAAUAUUUCAGUGCAUAGGAAUAAAUCCUGCUGGUAGUGUCCAAGCAUCGGCACGACUUACUAUUAAUCAACCUAAAAAAACAACUGCUCACAAAGCAACGACUCCAAAGUCCGUCCCAAAAAAAAAAUUACUGUAUCGUCCUUUAUAUAAUAAAACAUGGCAACAUCCUAGUACACUCUUAGGACACACGUUAUCGGCAUUUACACCAAAUCCUCCGUUAUCGAUCAGUCCUUCCGAUGAUCCAACCGAUCUUCCAGGAUUGGUUAAAUAUCCUAGCUCCCUUUACGAUCCAGAUACCCAUUUUGUAGAUGAUACAGAAAGCAUCGAGUCGAUUGAAGGCAGCGUACCAUCCGCUCCUAGAAAUUUGAGCUUAAUCAUCGUUACUGCAAGAUUCGUCACUUUACGUUGGCAAGAACCAGAAAAUACAAAUGGCGAUAUUUUAAAUUAUUACAUUUAUUAUAAACAGGAAGGUGUACAAAGAGAACGUGUUGUCAACACUCAAAAAUUAGAGGCAAUGAUAUCAAGCUUACAGCCAAGUAUGACUUAUCAGUUUCGAAUAGUUGCUCAAAAUUCAAGAGGUCCUGGUGCUUCUAGUGAAGUAUUACAAGUGACCACUCAGUCUGAGGCAAAUGUACCAGGACCACCGAUGAAUUUAGAAGGCCAUGCAACUAGCAGUGCAAGCAUUGCUUUGUCGUGGGACGAACCGCAAGUUAUUAAUGGACGUAUUUCUAAAUAUAUUAUCACAUAUACAGAGGGAGAUGUCGAGGAAAAAACACGUGAAACCACAAGUACAACGUACGAAUUGGUAGAUCUCGUGCCUUAUACAGAAUACAGUAUUAGAGUUCAAGCUGUCAAUGAAAAUGGUCCUGGUGCAUAUACUAGAGACGUUCUAGUUCGAACACACAGUGCUCAACCUACACAACCACCCCAUAAUGUUACAUUAGAAGCAGCUAGUUCAACUAGUAUUAUCGUAAGAUGGGAACCACCGUUGGACGGUCAAAAUGGUAUUAUUACCGGUUAUAAAAUUCGAUAUCGUCGACACGAUCGUCGUUUCUCACCAAAUUCAGUUACAACCGAAGGAAAUCAACGUUUGUACGUGAUUACUGGCCUCGAAAAGCAUGUCAUAUAUCAAGUUCGAAUGUGUGCCUUAAAUGUUAAUGGAACUGGACCUUGGACCGAAUGGAUGACUAUAGAAACAUAUGAGAAUGAUCUAGACGAGACUAACGUGCCGGGUGCACCUAGUCACAUAAGAACAAAAUCUAUGGCUGAUUCUAUAUCGCUUUGGUGGAAUCCACCGAAAGAUCAGAGUAUUAAAGUUAGAGGAUAUAGAAUUGGUUGGGGUAAAGGAUAUCCUGAUGUUGAAGAUCAAGUUCUUGAUGGAAAACAACGAUUUUUUACUAUUGAAUCUUUAGAACCUACAACGGAAUACGUUAUUUCUAUAAGAGCAACAAAUGAGGCUGGUGAAGGUCAGCCAGCUUAUGCAAACGUAAGAACUACAGAACGUUCUGUAUCCGAAUAUGUUGUGCCUUUAAUACCACCGGUUGGUCUUAAAGCGAUCGUUUUAUCAGCAGCUACUGUAGUACUUUAUUGGACUGAUACAACUCUCCCAAAAAGCCAAUAUGUAACAGAUAAUCGCUAUUAUGUCGUACGUUAUACGUCAUAUCAUCAUAGCAGCAAUCCUCGUUAUAAGUAUUACAACGCCACUGAUUUAAAUUGUAUGAUAAAUGAUCUAAAACCUAAUACACAAUACGAAUUCACUGUUAAAGUUAUCAAGGGAAAAAGAGAAUCACCAUGGAGUAUGGUAGUAUUGAAUCAAACUCAGGAAGCUGCACCGAGUUCUCCACCAAGGGAUUUAAGUGUUCAUAGUGUCGAAGAUCGACCGACUUCAGUAAUUUUACGAUGGCAACCACCUAAACAGCUAAAUGGACCAAUCACUGGAUACAUAAUCUUUUAUUCUACGGAUAAUAAUAAAUGGGAUCGUGACUGGUUGAUCGAAGCUGUGAUUGGUGAUAAGACAGAAUUUGUAAUAAAAAUGUUACAACCAAGUACGACAUAUUAUUUCAAGAUUCAAUCACGUAAUUCGAAAGGAUAUGGACCAUUUUCGACAACAGUUUCAUUUAAAACACCGCAAAGCAAUGGCAUUGAUAUCUAUGAUGAAUUGCAUGUUCGAGAUGACCGUGGUCUAUCCAAUAUAUUGAUCUACAUUACAGUAGGUUGUGCAGUUAUCCUGAUUACUGGUGUAGCAGUGGUCGUUGUUGUAAUGUGCUGUAAGCGUAAUCCGGAUUCGCCGGAUCGAAAGAAAGGAUAUAUGAAAGAUGCGAAUCUAAAAACAAAUAUUAAACCACCGGACUUGUGGAUUCAUCAUGAUCAAAUGGAAUUAAAAGCUCUUGAAAAGUCUUCUAUCAAUGGUGAAGCAUCUACGAGUGGUGUUGCUAGUAAUACUUUACCAAGAUCAGGAAAUCAGGAGUAUACUCAAGAUAAUGUACAUGGAAAUUCCAGCUCGUUAGACAAGCGCACAUAUGUACCUAGUUAUAUGGGUAACACUGAUGAGAAGUGCUCUACCCUGAGCAGACAGCACAGUCGGGGAAGCCACAAACCUAAACUCAUAACACUUCCUGUCGACAGUGCACCUGUACAUCAGCCUAUAGCAACUGCAACACCAAUUGUCAAUAGCAGUUUGUCACAGCCAACAAUACACAGUACGUGCACGGAUGCUCCGUCGGUGAGACAAAAUUAUCCACGUACCGUGGCACAAUACAGUUUAAGCCGAGCGCACAUCACGUUAGAGCCAACACCAGAAUCGAGUCCAGAUUCUUGUAAUAUGCCAAGUUCUUACGAACCUCUACAAAGUCAAUUACCAUAUAGCCAAAGUGGACAGUCAUACAGUGGGAGUAGCCAGUAUGCUUCCAGUCACUAUGGCAGUGGUAAUCAGCCUACUAGUAGUGCUACGGCGUUAGAUAGUAGCACUAGUAAAAGGCUUCAAGGACACCCAUUGAAAAGCUUUAGCGUACCAGCACCUCCUCCUCAAUCUGCUCCUUCUACCCCAGCACAGCAGAAACACGGAGUAUCACAAGUAACGGUAAGACCAACGAUGUCUGGUAGUCCGUAUAAAAAGCCUCAAGGGUCUACGUCGCAAUUAGCGAAGAACCGAUUAGCUUCGGUUUCUAAUCCAGCACAUACUUCCGAGGAAGUAGAACGAUUAAAGCCUUCAUAUAGCACAGAAGAAUUGAAUCAAGAGAUGGCCAAUUUAGAGGGUCUAAUGAAAGAUCUAAAUGCCAUAACAGCAUCUGAAUUUGAAUGCUAAAGUAGUAGCAGGUUCCUAAAUUUUGUGUGCCAUCCGAAUUGGAUAAAAAACAGUAUGACAACGCAUUCUCAAUGUUAGUACUCGAGAGAUCAAUUUACAAUGAUGAUUGCGUUAUGUUGUGGCUUUAUAUCGGAGGUUUGUCUUAUGUGUAUUUAAUUAUCUUUCCUUUUUUUUUUUUUUUUUUUUAAUUUUUUUUUUUUUUUUCGUUUCCCUUUUACUAUUUCCCUUAAGUAUGUAUGUGAUUGACGAACGUCGAUGAACGACGUGAAUAACAGUUACUUAAAUCGGGCAAUUAAUAUGCUUAUCAGUGACAAGUUAUACGAAUUAUUAAAUAAUUAUUUUCCUAGUCGACAAUUUUGUUUGUCUCUCCUGUACUAGCAUUGUUUUGUUUUUUUUUUCUAUUUUUUUUUGUCUUUUUUUUUGUCUUUUUUUUUUGUCUUUUUUUUUUCUGAGUGAAACUCAAAGUUCGUACUUGCCAAUGUAUUCCAACACUGUCGUGCAUUGUAUUUAUUAAGGACGUAAGCAUUUCAGUGUUGUGUUAUAAUAUCAAAGUGCCCAACGUGAAAAAUCUACGAACAAUCUAUUGUUUAUUUUAUUUUAUUUUUCUUUUUUUUUUCUUUUUUUUCUUUUUUUUGUUUGUUUGUUUGUUUUUCUCUCGUAACCUUUAGAGAAAUGUUAUUUCGCUGUGCGCAUACGAAUAAGGACGUAGGAUAUAUAGUAAUAUAAAUAAUUGGAACCUUAUUAUCGAGAAGAAGGUUCACAUACAUUUGUUUAUAAGAAAAUUUGAAAAUCAAAGUACAAUAAUUCAAUUGAAUCGUACGAUGGGUUUAAGAGAAACGAGAGUAUAGAACGUUCAAAUUGUGGUACGGAUUGACUUUCGGUUAUAAUUCUUUUUUCUCUUUUUUUUUUUUUUUUUUUUUUUUAAGACGAUACUUGUAAUAAUGUUACGAUAUAAACGAUGAUGAUCUUGCCUAAAUGUGAAAAGAAAAGAAAGGAAGGAAAGAAAAAGAAAAAAAGGACAACGCUACAAUUUAAUGUCACACGAGUUUGACACAAGACAGGUUUUUUUUUUAUUUUUUUUAUUUUUUUUGUUGUCAUUUUUAUAAUUACCAAACUGUCAUAAACUCUCAUUCUUCCAACCACGAUAUACAUACAUGCAUAUGUGCAUCUUUCGAUCGCAUAAAUUUAGCAAUUUAAAAAA